AUGGCGUCCUCCUUGUGGCAUAACAUCCCUUGUUCUUUGGAAAAAAAAAAAACGACCAGGCGCGGAGGGGUUUUGGUUCACGUCGCUUCGAGGGCCACUCUGACCGGCUGCACCGUUGCCGGGAGCUGUCUGUCGGGCUUGGAUGUCCGCACGGGAGCAGAGGCGUUGGUGGAGGCGUGCACCAUCCGGGGAGGCAGAGCCAGCGGCAUUUACGUCUCGACGGGAGGCAGCGUCAGGGUCUCCUCCACGCUGAUCGAAGGCAAUCGACUCGCCGCCGUGGAGGUGAAGGCUGACAGGCAGGCUCCUCCUCAUCCUCCUCCUCCUCCUCCCAGCAGAAGCAGCAACAACAAGAAGAGCGGAUACGAUGACGGCGACAACAGCAACAACAACGAGAGCGAUGUCGCUUGCUCACAGGAGGAGGGGGAGGGUCACCCAACCCUGACGGGGACCUCGAAGUCCUCGUCGUCGAACGGGGGACCAGCAAAACCAGCAGUAACAUGGAACUCGAGCAGUAGCGCCGCCCUUGCGGGAGGGGAGAGAGAAGAAGCGGUUCAGCUCAAUGAAUAUUACUGUCGUCGUCAUGAUCGUCGUCAAGGUGCCGGCACGACCGGUGCGGGUACAAGUUUUAUUCAAGGCGGGGGGAAGAACACGCCUGACUGCUGCUGCAAGCGUUGCGGCUGUCGCGUGUCGCUGGGGUCCGGCAACGCCGUGGCGGGAAACGGUCUGAACGGCGUCAUGGGGGACGGGGAUGGUUGUUGACUGUCCCCUCCCGACGGCCCCGUCUCCACGUCCGCCCGUCGAGACCAAAGGCGGCGACCAAUAUCAGCAUGGCAGAGAGUUAAGGACCAAAGGUGGUGACCGAUGACAGCUAUUAGCGGAGAGCUUUUUCCCAAAGCGAGACGUUGAAUGAAGGUAUUGUACCGUGUAUCGUUCGAACUUCACAUUGUUCGUCGGGGUGAGAGAAGCUGUGCGGGGGGAACGGUUGAAAAUAUAUCCCUUGGCACUGUCGCAGUCAUUGCCAAUGAUUUUCUUCGGAUAGUCGAC